GGAAACUCUUCAUCGGAGGCCUGAGUUGGGAGACAACAAUCGAGAAAAUGACCGAACAUUUCAGCCGUUAUGGAGAAGUGACUGAUUGUGUGGUUAUGAAGAACGCAGACACCGGGCGCUCACGUGGUUUCGGUUUUGUCACAUUCAAAGACCCCUCUUCUGUACAGAUAGUGAUAGCCAGCGGUCCGCACAUUCUCGACGGCCGGACGAUUGACCCGAAAGAGUGUAACCCAAAGAGCGCACAAAAAGGCAAACGGGACGCAAAAGUGGGGAACUUUCCCAAAGUAUUUCUCGGAGGACUUCCGCCGAAUGUGAAUGAAUCGACUCUCAGAGACUUCUUCUCCAAAUAUGGAAAAGUGGUCGAAGUGGUGAUAAUGUAUGAUCAGGAGAAAAAGAAAACUCGAGGUAAUAAAUGGCUUAAUAGUUAUAACUAGUUUGGAAACAACACUGAAUUUGUAUUUGAAUUACUUAUGCCUUAAAUAAUUAUAGACUUAUAUGAA